UCGCAUUCCAAUGCGUAUAGAACGGACUGUAUAGACACGUUGGCAGAAAAGCAUCUCUCAUCCACUGAUAUCAGUUCGUGCCAAACCAAAAGGUCCGCCCAUCAUGAGCGCCAAAGACUACCUCGCAAAGCAGCAAGCUCAAGCCCAAUCAGCAUUUCAAGAGACGGCGAAUACCGCAAAGAUCAGCCUCCUCUCCCCCCUCAACAUCCUCUUCCUCUUGACAACUGCAACCCAACUCUACGCCUACCUCUUCCACUUCCGCCAUCCGCCUUCCGGAACGCGUUCACCAGGCUACAUCCACUUCUUCAAGAUCUUGUCCAUAAUUUCCGCUUUCGCAACAUUCUGGCCAACCUUCAUCCGCGGCGAAGCAGUGCGAUCCCUUGGCGGAAUCGGCAUCCUCUUCGCAAUUGUAGCAACUGGCCUCUUCACAAGCUCACUCACCUUGUUUGCUUGGACAGCAUACACAACCUCCCCACCCGGCCGUCUAUCCGUCAUAUUCGGCAAAGCUUCUCCAGAGUUUGUGAUCACCACAGGGCCGUAUCAGUAUAUCCGGCAUCCUACCUACGUCUCCUACGCUACGACGUGGAUCGGUUGUAUUUUUAUGCUUCUUUCGAGAGGACAUUUCGGAGAUGCAUGGUUUUACGUUUCGAUGGUAUCGCUGGCGGGUUUGAGCUGGUUGUAUCGGGAAGCGGCGGAGCAGGAAGAGGCCGAGUUUCGGGUCAAAGCUACGAGGGAGGAGGUGAGGGAUAAGUAUCAGGAGUAUAGUACGAGGGUGGAGGAGAGGUGGUUUCCGGGGAUGGCGCAGGUGAUUUGAUGGGGCCGGGAGGAGUGUUGGCGGUAAGGCAGAGUGGUUCUUUCACCAGACGAAGGCAAGUCCAGGCAGGCUCAGGUACACGAGAAUCAUCUGCCAACCGCCGUUCCGCAUGCUUGUGCCUUGGCCUUCCGAGCCACUGCUACAAGUCGUGGUCGUAGUACUGGGAAAAGUCAUUCAGCG